AAUAUAUGAUAUUAAGUUGAUGACAUUUAACAUAAACUCAAAAAGUAUAAUUAUUUUAUAAAAUAAUAAUUAAAAUGGCAAUGGUAGUUCAAGAACGUAUAAUUCCAUCAAUGAAUACACUGGUAAAAUAUGAUAAUCCAGUAUUGGUUACAAAACAUUCGGAAAAAUUGAAAAAAGAUAAAACACAAACUAAAAUUGGUACAACUUGUAAAAUUCAAACAACACCAAUAGCCAUUGAUGUUAGACGAGAAACAGUAGAAAUAUUAAAUGGUAUUUUACCACCAAAAGAAUGGGAAGAAGAUGGACAAAUAUGGACCCAACAAGUAUCAAGUACUCCAGCAACUAGGCUAGAUGUUAUUAAUUUACAAGAACAAUUAGACAUGAGAUUGCAACAACGACAAGCAAGAGAAACUGGAAUUUGUCCAGUUCGUCGUGAACUUUAUUCUCAAUGUUUUGAUGAAAUAAUAAGACAAGUAACAGUUAAUUGUGCUGAACGUGGUUUACUACUUCUUCGUGUACGUGAUGAAAUGAGAAUGACAAUGGCUGCAUAUCAAACAUUGUAUCAAAGUAGCAUUGCAUUUGGUAUGAGAAAAGCAUUAUUAGCUGAACAAGGAAAAGAAGAUCUUAUAACAACUGCUGAUGAACUUAAACAACAAAAAAUUGAACUUGAAAAAAAACUUGCUGAAUUACAACAAAAAUAUGAACAAACUGAAAGACGUGCUGCUGAAUUACGUGAAGCUGAAGAAAAAAAACAUGCUGAAGAAAUGCAAUUUUUAAAAAAGACAAAUCAACAAUUAAAGACACAACUCGAAGGAAUUAUAGCUCCAAAAAAAUAA